CCCAUGCCCCGCCCUCUCCGGCUUCCAGCAUCACUGCUGACCGGCGGCGAUGCUGUCAUCAAACCGGAAGAUAAAAUCCGGUUGAAGCACCCAUGCAGGCCCUGCCAUUCAUAUUUGGAUAUUGCAAUUGCAUGCCGACGCGUCUUCGUUGUUCGUGUGGGGCACCGCGGCGCCUGUAGGACGUCGCUAGGAUUCCAAGGACACUGGCGAUGAGUACGUCUGACGACGACUGCACGGUGUGAUCGUGGCUUCAUCGAGUUUCAUUGACGGGGACCAGCGCCCGUUUGGACGAUGCCACGUCACGAGAUGAUCGCGCCAGACAGAUGCUGCGGUGCUGCACUUGCACGGCCAUAGAUUGGGACCCCCCAGCCCCUCUACUCGCUUCAUGACAAAACAGCUUUAGCGUCUCUUCUUUUUUCUUAGUGCAUACAAUGAUACCCGCCAGCGCCGCAUCAAUGUUACCGUCUGCAGAAGCUGCCAAACUGUACCAGACGAAUUACGUCCGAAACUCCCGCGUCAUCGGACUCCUAUGGGCUAUAUUCACCAUCCUGUUCGGCAUCGUGAACGUGACUAUCUUCUCGCAGCCCUAUUGGAUCGGUGAUGGCGUGGACACGCCGCAGGCCGGCUACUUCGGGCUCUUUCACUACUGCAUCGGGGACGGGGUCUCCAGGGAGAUGGCCUGCCAAGGCAGCUUCACCGAGUUCUCCGCCAUCCCGUCCAGAGCCUUUAAGGCUGCCUCCUUCUUCAUCGGGAUGUCCAUGAUGCUGGUGGUCACCUGCAUCGGAUGCUUCUCGCUGUUCUUCCUCCUCAGCACCUCCACUGUGUACAAGAUCUGCGGCUGGAUGCAGGCUGCAGCAGGUGUGUGUCUGGUACUGGGCUGUAUGAUCUACCCUGAUGGCUGGGACAGUGAGGAAGUGCGGCGGAUGUGCGGGGAGCAGACGGACAAAUACAGCCUUGGGGCUUGCUCCAUGCGCUGGGCCUACAUCCUCGCCAUCAUGGGCAUCUUGGACGCGCUCAUCCUCUCCUUCCUGGCUUUUGUCCUCGGGAAUCGUCAGGAUGGCCUCAUGACAGAGGAGCUGCUGGCUGAGAGCAAGGAAGGAGGCAAUGCUUAGCAACAUUUUGGCUCCCAGGGUCCACAGAGACAUCCCUUCAACAUCACACGACAGGAGGGAGGAGGAGAGGAAACCAUGCAGCCACUCUCCAAAAAGACCUCAGCCAUUGCCCUUUCCCCUUUUGCUUGCAGCCCCUUACGUCAUCCUCCAACAUUUAGACAAAGCCCCUAUAAUGCACAUUCAACCCAGUGAGCCUGCAAUGCAACCCCCUUUGCAUUGACGGACCAUGGCGGGGGCGCAGACUGUUACUAAAUGACAGGGGUGGACUGAGCACAAAUUGCAACAACCACCAACACAUCAUUAUCCAAUACACACAUGCUUACUGUACCGUACAACCAAUUUACUACUAUACUCUAUGUUAACAAUGAUCUGUAUGUUCCACUGUAAACAUAUGUGUCACAAUUUAUCAAGAGAAGAAUCCAUGUACAGUGUUUCAUCAUUUUGAUGUACAGGCUUAAUAAUGACAUGAAAAAGGAUUUGGACCAUUUAUUUGUCUUUCUCUGUUUACAUUUAACUGAUAUUCUCUGUAGAUUGAAGUUUGUACAGAAAAUUAAGAUGCUAUUGGACUCAAUCCCUUCUAUGCCCGUCUAGCUAACUUUGCACAGUGCUUCAGUUCUGUUGUUUUUAGUAUUUAACUCUAGUAUAUACACUGUGAUGGGGUUGUUAGAAGACCGCCUGUUGCAGGAUGUGUAGCUGCUGUGUGAAUGUAUGGCCGAAUGAGCACCAGUGUGCAAGCUUGUGUGAAUGUGUCAUAUUUUGUGUAUUGUAUAGUACACACAGACACACACGCAUGUACACACACAUACACACACACGCACAUAAUGUUCCUGUUGUAUCUAUUUUAAUGUCUUUAGCUGGUUGUGUUUCGCUUUGACUCACAAAUUAGCUAACUGGUGAGCGCAAACAGGGUAACAGGAUGCAGUGUCAUCUAAUGAAUGUGGGUCAUGUGUAAAGUUGAGAUUAAAUGGAUUUAGCUCCACCUAUCUUGUGUAAAUAGGUAUAGACAGAACCCACAGUGGUUAUCUCACAGUAAUUAAAGAGCUUCCUUUAAGAUUAUUGUAUAUCAAGACAUAAUAAAGGUUUUGACUC